AUGGGGUUGCCUCACAUCACCCGUACCGACUCUGCUCGCGAAUAUGUCUUGAACUCUCCCCGAAUAUCAACACAAGAGGGGCCGCCAUCUGAUAUUCAUACACCCACCAGAAACGAAUAUGACCGAGAUCAACGAAGCAAGCCAGAUGAAGGGGAUAAUACUGAAAAGCAGUUCGAUAUUAUUGCCACCAAGGUCAACACAACAAUUCAGGAUCUAAAUCGCAUUUAUAGGCUGAUAGGAUACCUGGAGGGAGAAAUAUCCGACAAGAAGAACGAUAUCUUUCAUGUAAUUCAGGACACCAUCUCGCAGUUUGCGGCAAAUCUCCAGCGGGAAAGUAACAAUAUCCAGAACGAAUGUGAGUGGCUCCGGCAGCAGAUCCGCAUCAUUUUGGCAAUGCUCAACGAUACCAAUGGAGAUAAGACCCUCAAGCUUUCAAGUCGAGGAGUAGUGUUCGACGACGAAGAAAUGUUCAAAAGUGGAUUCAAAGAGGAUGUCCUUGAACAGAUGAAUCGCUAUCAUCUGGUAUCACAUAGCGGAUUCUACUCGAGCUCGCCGUUCAACGUUGCGGGUGUUCUACCGAGUGACGAUCUAUCCAUGCAACAGCAGUAUGAAUACAUGGUGGACCAUACUCCAGAAUUGUCUCUUCUACAAUUGAAAGCUCGACUCAAUACUAUUUUCCUCGAAGUUCUCCAGUCAUUUGUUGGUGUAUAUCGAAAGUUCAAUGAUCUAACGCUUAUCUUCUGGGAGAACAUCGAAACCAUCGGUGAGUGCUGGACACCUCACUCGAACAUCGAAUUGAUCAAGUCACUACCGACCAAAUCUGAGGCAGAAGCCUUAUCGAAUCUUCUAGACGAGUUUAGUGAAACUACCAAGAAAUUGAAACUCAACGAGCGAACAUCUAGACCCGAUCUCAUGCUCGGACCCAAAGGAAAUAUUCUGAAUGACUACGCAUUCAUCAUUUCCAGUCCAAGAAAGGCGAGUAAGGAACCUGUCAACAAGGCUGAAAGUGACGAUGACGCCGUUAGCAUCCAUGACGCAAUGGAAACUCUACGAAAUGUCAAUUACAAGCUCGUGAGAGCCAUUCGUGCUCUCAAAAUCACCAAGGUUUCUAGUGACGUAGUAGCUGGAGUGGCCAAAGAGGUGGAAUGGACAGAAACCGAAAUGGGUCGACGUAAAAUCUCCAUGAGCGAAGUCAUUGAUCGGUGUCUUAUAUUAAUUCGUCAGCUUUCCUUAUCUAAGCACGACAUCAUCUCUAUUCAAAAAAUGAGAGAUCUCUCCGAUAAAGAGAAGUCCAGUGAGAACUAUUUUGACGAGGAAACACUCAGAUUCAUUGGUGAAAACCCUCGGGAGUUCGGCUUGAUGGACCACCAUCUAGACUUUGUCACCAGUCUUGCUACCACAUUGCAGUCUUUGAAGGAUGCUAAGCAAAAGAAGUGGGACUUCUACUCCAAAGCUUGUGUCCCUCUUUGGGAAAAAUUGGGGGAAAGCAGAGAGUAUAUUCAGCAAUUCUUGGAUGCCAACUCCUCUUUGACUGACAUGUCUUUAACAAAUCUCAAGAUGGAACUUAACCGAUUGUACAUUAAACGUUCUGAGUUCAUUGAGACGUUCAUUUCUGAUACAAGAAGAGAAAUAAAGGAAUACCAGGACGCAUUGCUCUAUUCAGAGAGCGAAAGACAAAACUUCAAAUACCACCAGUUCGAUAUGAACGACAUUAAUGACAAGGAAAUGGUAUUGAAAGAACACGAGGACGAAGUAGAGCGCUUGAAGGCGGAAUAUUUGACCAGGGAGCCAAUUCUUAAGCUCUAUGUGCAAUUGAAAGAGUUAUUGGACGAUCAAAACUUUUUGGUUGAAUCAUCCAAGGAUUCAUCGAGAUUGCUCAGCAAGAACUCAUGCAAAAUUCUCCUCAAUGAAGAAAAAAUCAGGAAGAAAAUCAAUAAGUCAUUACCAAGAGUGAUAGAGUCAUUGAAACAGGAGACGAUUAAAUACAACAAUGACCAGCUCUCAAAAGCCCAGCGGCCGAUGUCUAUCGAUGGGCAAGAUUUCUUUGAAAGAAUUUUGCUAAUUGAAUCUGAACAGGCUAACCAGAACAACUCCAAGUUCCGUGCCAGAAAUGUGAGGAGUACUAGCUCACCUCGAAAGAGCAGGGCUGCACCAGCAUCGAGAACUUCACCAUUGAAGUCCAGGUCUCCAUCCAGAGUUGUGAAAGAUACAAAAACUCAGGUUUCUCCUGGAAUGUUACGAAGGCAAGUUUCUGGAAAUAUAUCUCCAGUGAAUGUAAUAAAGAGAUCCUAUGAUGGAGCAGGUGAAAAUCAGACGGUUCAGAAAACUAGCAGAGUUACUUCUAGAGUUACGAGCAGCAUGUUUGACAGUCCUCCAAAAUCACUCACCAACGGACAAUCAACAAUGUUGAAACUUGCAGGUACACACCUCCAACCACUCAACUCGCCUUUAGGGCCCGGAUCAAUCUACAGCGAUGUUGGAUCUGAUAACCGUGAUAUGAGAAGCGAAAACAGUACGUUGUAUUCCAUGUGCACAAGAGUUUCACCGUUGAGAAAUGACAAUCAUAAUAAUUCCAUUAGGGCCAACUUUUCGCCCAUUAAAGGCUUUGAUCCUACUCAAAUGGACGGAAAGGAAAAUACGAGAGAUAGUUUCGGUACGCUUUCGCCCAUUCGAGUACCAUCUGGGGGAAUACAUCUUGAAAACGACGGAAACAAGCGUUUGAGCUCCAGCAGCUUCGCAAACUUGACCGUAAUGGGAGAUGAUUACCAGCAAUGGAGAGAAGAGAGGAUCAAAGCAAUCAACAACCGGAUGUGA